AUGCAAGCGCGCGGCGGCGCUGAUUCGGCCAACUCUGUCUCCUCUUCCUCCUCCUCCUCCUCCGACGACGACGACGACGAAGAGUCGGCCAUUGCCUCGCCCUCCUUCUCCGACUGCGACAGCAGCAGCAGCAGCAGCAGCAGCAGCAGCUCCUCCUCUGCUUCCUCUCAACGUCUGCGUCGCCCUGCUCGCCGCGCCUCCGGCACCGGGCCUGCCGCUCGGCGCGCACGAGCCAAGCGCGUCCAGCGCCGCGGCCACGUGCGCGGCGGCGAGAACGAGCAUGCGGGCGCGGCGGGCGCGGGCGAGGACGGCGGCGCGGCGGGCUGGAGCGCCAUGUUGCUGCCUGCCCGCAAGCAGAUGCAUGCCAACGAGGAGCAGGAGCAGGAGCAGGAGCGCCCAAACGUACGAUGGGUGCUGUGCGAGGAUGUAGGACUCGAUUUGCGCAAUUGA